AUGUUGUCUUUUGCCCUUUUAGAUGGUGUGGAUGAGGGAUGUUUCUGCUCCACCAAUGUCUGCCUCAUCUUUCAGACGGGCUACUACUAUCUGUACCCCUUCAAUAUUGAGUACAGCCUGUUUGCCUCGGCCGUGCUUGGUGUGAUGUGGAAGAACGUGGGCAGGUUGAUUGAGGAACAGGAUCAUCCAGCCCACCUCCAACUCCAUUUCCAUGGCCUCUUGCUGGGCCCAAGCCUUGGGAUAGCUGAGAUCCUGAUUGGCCUGGCAAUCUUUAUUCUCUACGAGGUGGAAGUGACGGAUGAAGGGGGACAGAGCUGGGCUCUGACUGCCUAUUAUCUCUUUAACAUUGUGGCUCUUGCGCUGACCUCCAUCAGUGCCUUGGUGGGCUUCUGCAUGCACCAGUUUGAGCGAAGGGGCAGUAACAGAGACAAGAACCCAGCCAGGCAUCUGGACAUGGCACUCCUGCUUUGGGCAGCUUUGGGCCAGUUUCUCAUCUCAUACUUCAGCCUGGUGGCCAUUGUAUCCAUCCAACCCUUCGAGCUGCUCAACACCCUGAACCUUCUCUUCUCUAUCCUCACCAUCGCCCAGCACAUUCUGCAGAAUGCCUUCAUUGCGGAAGGUUUAAGCAGGAAACCAUUUGUGGAAGGAAGUCACCCAGAUUUUUGGAUCCUGCCAGCUUUUGGGGCUCGACCACAUUUCGCGAAUGGUCUUGAAGAAAAGUUUUACGGUUUUCAAAUCUGGGCAACGGUCGUCAAUAUUGGCCUUCCAUUGGGAAUCUUCUACAGGAUGCACUCAGCUACCUGCCUGCUUGAGGUCUACCUCAUAUCUUAG